CUUCAUGACUGUUUUGUGUUCAUUUGGACCUCAGCUGACACAUUCAACAGCAGACAGGUUUUUGUAUCAGUCUUUUUCAAUGUGGGAGAUGAUGACUACCCCAUCUUUGGCUCUGGAACUAAACUGUAUGUAACAGAUGAGCAGGUAGUGAAGCCCGUGGUGAGCAUGUACCCAGCAGCAUCCAGAGCCCACCUGGAGGGGAAGAGUUCCCUGCUGUGUGUGGCCUCAGCCAUGUUUCCUCCUCUGGUCCAGUUCUCCUGGAAAAGACAAAAGGAGGAUGGUCCUCUGGUGGAGGUGCACCGUGGUGAUGGAGAGCAGCUGGAGCUCAGAGAGUCGGGACACACCGUCUCCAUCUUGCUGAUUCAUCAGCAGGAGAACAGCACAUAUAAAUACCGCUGCUACGUCAAGCACGAGGGGGGCACAGUGGAAGCCCAAAUAGAACAAGAGGUUCCAGCUCCAGCAGCCUCCUGUCCUCCAGAGAGAGAGCCAGCAGACCUUCCAGCUCUGCAGCAAGCUGACUUGUUCUUCCAGUCUCAGUGCAGGGUGAAGCUGUUCUGUCUGCUCUACACAGUGCUGAUCGUGAAGAGUCUGGUGUACUGCUGUGGACUCUCUCUGCUGAUGAUCCUCAGAAACAAGGGACCGUCCACCAACUGCACACACGCUGACUGACUGUUUUCUGCUCGCCUUUUCUAAACAUCAAUUCUCAUCAACUCAUCUCAUUGAUCGCUUUGAUCAGCAGUCAGAAAUGUCCAUUUUGACGAGUUGUUGUUGGUUGUAACAUUUAUCUUUUACUGCACAGCUUAGAUAAGUCCUCCUAACAAUAUAAACACAUAUACACACAUAUUUGCAGUUAAAUUCUGUGCUAUACUUUUAUUGUGAUCCUCUAGUUUCAUUCCACUUUUAAUUGUGACUUGUACAGUAAUAGAAAAUGAACGUUCAGUGCUGACCCCCUUUUAGAAUUGUUUCAGUGUGGAUGUAAAGCUCUACGCUGAUGACACUGUUGUUUACACACAUGAACAAAGAGUUAUUGUUGAAAAAAUAAUCAUAUCACUCAAGUAAUAAUAAGUGCCUAUAAUUUAGACUUCUGUGAAAAAUGAACAGAUGAGUUAGAAAUUGUCUUUGUAUUGAUGUUGUUAAUAAUGUCUGCACAUUCUGAUCCUUUCCCACAUGUCCUAUUAUGUUGUAUUAUGUUACAAGUCGGUGUCAGGCUGGAGAAAGUGUCAUUAAACUGUCACCUUUACAGAAUCAAUCAAAUUGAAUUAUAAAAACAAACUCUGUUUGUUAGAAUGAGUGUGAGGUAAUAAAGUGCGAUCAGAGCAGACUGCAGGAGGUUGAACACAUCUUGUGUUAUUUCAGCUUCUCAGCUCUGAGUUCAGGAUUUGAGCUGUUUCUCUCACAGAUGAAUAACACAGAAUAAAGCUGAGACAGUGAGCACUGAGCACUGAAAUGAAA